AUGCCAAAAAUAGAUCACUUCCAGAAGAAAUACUUAUAUUUUAACGGAGCUUGCGAGGGUAAAUCUUGCCCGUUAAAUCUUGUGCCUAUGUGGAUAGUACGGAAAACUCAUAAAAAUUUUUGUUAUGACAAGGCGCGGUCGCUUAGGGCGAUUGAAUAUUUUCUAGGCGUGGUUGCAUUGUUGUUCAAUUUGGUUAUCAUAGCAACAAUACUCAGUAGCAUCUCUUUGAUCAAGAAGACUUCAAUGUUUCUUACAGCGCACUUGGCGCUCGGCGAUCUGUUCCUGAGUUUGUUCUCCUUAACGAUAGCCGCUGGUCACGGGAUAAAGUCCGAUGCUGGGAUUCGCCAAUGGAGACAGCACCAAUGUCCUUACUUCCGUUCUUUGAUGAUAAUAGGACAAACGAUCGAAGCGUUAACUUCGGUCUUGAUGACUGUGGAGCGGUAUCUUGCCAUAGUAUACUGCAUGCGACCUAAUUUACGAAUCACUCCCAAAGUAGCUGGCUUCCUAUGCGUUCUCAUUUGGUUUUUUUGCGCGAUGUCUUGCUUCGUUAUUGAGUAUUUUGAUCAUGUCUGGUUUCGAGACAAUUACAUGUGCGUUUUAGUGCAAAAUCUGCAAACAACGAAACGCUUUAUGGCCACCCAGGUACUAAUGUUACUAUUUGUGGCUUUGUAUCUUGCAGUUGUUGGUUUGUACCUUCACAUAUUCAUCUCCGCGCGAAAGUCGGCUCGCGGCGCUGGAAUUCGACGCGAAACAUCUCUUGCUAAACGAAUCUGCGUCAUAGUGUUUUCUAACAUGAUAUUCUAUGCAGUGCCUAAUCUUUGCAUAGUGAUAUUUGCCUUAGCAAAUACCAGACUGGCAUCUGACCGAGCGGUAAAUUUUAUAUUGCGUAUAUGGUUGCCUCCAAUGUGUAUGAUAACGAACGCCUGUCUAAAUCCGUUUCUAUUUGCCUUCAGAAACGAAGAAUUCUUAAGACAUCUUAAACAAAGAGUAACGAACAUCAUUUCAAGACUAUACUUGACAAAACAGCUUCCCUUUUCAAAACGUCUCGGGAAAAGAGGAGUGUAUGUUGUUAAUUGCGAUCAAUCUUCUUCACAAGGAACUCUUAAUGGGUCCUUUGAGCUACACACAACAUAA